AUGUCCGUGGAGUACGCAACCGGGUUUAAGUUCCCGUCGCCGCUAGAAGGGUUCGAGGAUGCCCCGCCGUUACCGGAACAACGAAACGAGGAUAAAACUUAUAUCAACCCGCCGAGAGAGACACCAAGCAAAGCUUAUCAAGAAUUCCCCGAUCCUCUGGACAACUCUCCGCGUGGCGGCUUCGAUGUGCACAUCUACUACAACCAACGAAACCCGGAGCAGGCCAAAUAUGCGCGGGAAUUGUGGGAGCGCAUUAGACGCGAGUUCCCUGAGCUCUCGGUCUACACAUUUUGGGACAAGCCAAUCGGGCCGCAUCCUGUGGCCAUGUUUGAGGUGAAUGUGUACACUCCGGCUCAGUUUGGAGCCUUCAUCCCGUGGUUGGCGAUAUGGAGAGGACCACUCUCCGCGCUUGUACAUCCCAACACGGUGGAAGAGGGCUCACAAAGGGACAUCGAGAAGAGAAACCAUACUCAGAGGGCGAUCUGGAUGGGCGAAAAAUACCCAAUAGAUGCGGGAUUCUUUGUGAGUAUGCCAGAAUGA